AUGCGCGUCUCCGCCGGUCUGGUGCGGAGCGCCUUCUGGGCCACUGCCAGGUGCUCACGCUCACUCCCUGUGCGCCAGCCGGCUCGGCUAUACAGCAUAAAGGCUGAAGCUGCGUCGGUAUCGAAGCUGCACAUCCUCGACCCCUCCAGACUCACCAUCACCAAGACUAAGACCCCCAAGCCAUUGAGCAAACCCGAAGACCUCGUGUUUGGCAGGGAGUUCACUGAUCAUAUGCUAGCCAUUGAGUGGAAUCAGGAGCAAGGCUGGAUGGAACCUCACAUCACUCCCUAUCAGAACCUCUCCCUGGACCCGGCGACGUGUGUCUUCCACUAUGCCUUCGAGUGCUUCGAGGGGAUGAAGGCGUACAAGGACAAGCAUGGCAAGAUUCGGCUCUUCCGGCCUGACAGAAACAUGGCCCGUCUGAACAAGUCUGCCGCCCGUAUCGCUCUGCCUACCUUUGAGCCGACCAGCCUCAUCCAACUCAUCAGCAAGCUCACCAAUCUCGACUCUCGCUUUAUCCCGGACCAAAAAGGCUACUCUCUCUACCUGCGUCCCACCCUGAUCGGGACGCAAAAGACGCUGGGUGUUGGCCCCCCUGGCUCAGCCCUACUGUACGUCAUUGCCUCACCCGUCGGCCCCUACUACCCAACCGGCUUCAAGGCAGUCUCGCUCGAGGCGACCGACUACGCUGUCCGCGCAUGGCCCGGCGGCGUCGGCGACAAGAAGCUUGGGGCCAACUACGCGCCAUGCAUCGUUCCCCAACUGCAGGCCGCCAGCCGUGGCUACCAGCAGAACCUAUGGCUCUUUGGCGAGGAGGAGUAUGUCACCGAGGUUGGCACCAUGAACAUGUUUGUCGCCAUGAAAGACCGGGAGACUGGCCAGAGGGAGCUCAUCACUGCUCCGCUUGACGGGACCAUCCUCGAGGGUGUGACGAGGGACUCGGUUCUGGCGCUGGCGAGGGAGCGCCUUGGCCCCGAGGGCUGGAAAAUCACCGAGCGCAAAUUCACAAUGAAGGAGAUUUACGAGGCGUCCAUCGAGGGCCGCUUGUUGGAAGCUUUUGGCUCCGGCACGGCAGCCAUCGUCAGCCCGGUGCGGACCAUUGCAUGGAAGGGCAAGCAAGUAGAUUGUGGGUUGAAGGAAAACGAAGAGUCUGGUGAGAUUGCACUGAAGAUCAAGGCGUGGAUGGAGGCCAUCCAAUACGGCGAUGAGGAGCAUGAGUGGAGCGUCAAACUCGAAUAA